AUGGAUCCUGACACGAAGAUCAAGGCGUAUCGCCUUGUUGGCUAUGCAGCAGUGACAUUUUCAACACUUACUAUACUAACCGUUUGUAUAACACUACCAGUCGUCUAUAACUAUGUGCAUAGUGUUCGUCGUCAAAUGGAAGGUGAAAUGUUGGCAUGCCAGAAGAACGCCCGAACGCUGUGGGCUGAAGUGAACGCCCUGAAGGAUGUUCCUAUAAUGCCUAAUAGAACUGAACGUAUUCCGAGAGAAGUUUACGGUGAAAGUGACGUCGAAGCGACCACCUUCGCAGAGAUGGAAACUUACAGUGUCAGCGGCUGCGACGAUUGCUGUCUCCCUGGAGCACAAGGUCCACAGGGUGCUCCAGGGAAGCCUGGGAAACCGGGUGCACCUGGAAAGCCUGGGUUCCCUGGGAAACCGGGUCGUCCCCCCAACGCGACCAUGUGCACCGAUCACCCCACCACCGUGUCCUCCCUGUCCACAAGGCCCACCUGGCCCCAAUGGACCACCAGGACCACCAGGUAA